UUUCGUUGAAGCUCCACUGACGUCAACGCCGCCAGCCCGCCGCUUUUCCCCCUCCCUCUCUCCCCGUCGGCCUCCUCCACCACCGCCCACCAGCCGAGUCCCUCUCCCUCGCCGCCAGUUCCCCUGGACAAGCCAAGUCCUGCUCGUCGGAGCCAAAUCCGGCCGCCGGUGGACGGAUCUGUCCGGAUUGAUCCUCUUAGCUGACGCCGAGGUGGCCAACCUGUCGACCUCGCGCACGCCGGCCCUCGUCGCCUCCUCCGCCGGCGCGACCGGAAAGCACGUCCAGACCGGAGGCAUCUACUCCACUGGCGCGAAACGUUUCAGUCUCAAGCAGAGGGCUUUCGCCAUGGAAAAUGCCUGCACAAACCUCAACCAGGUCGCCCGCUCGGUGCGGCUGCUCAACAUCGACGGGUUCAGCUUGACCGCGGGCAUGGGCGGCGACUACUGCCUCAGAUCCAUAUGGAACGUCGAUGGGUACGAGCUGGAAGUCCUCAUCUAUCCGGGCACCACAUGGGUGGCUCUGAAACUUGUCUUCCUCAGCCAAGCCCGCACGCAGUGGGGCGUGAGGGCGAGCAUGGCCUGUCAGCUGGUGGAUCUCAGCAGGGAGCUUGAACCGUGUCAUGAGUAUGCCGUGUCAGAAACCUUCCAUCACCCCCAAGACUUUGGGGCACUGGUCUUCAUGGAUAGAAAUAAGAUACCGUCUGGUUAUAUCAAGGAUGAUAUGCUGACUCUGCGAUGCGCCAUCACCGUACUCAAGGAAUUACCGGCACCAACCAUCCCAGCUGAAGAAGUGAUCGCCCAACCAUCCACCAACUUGCACCAGCACCUCGGCGAACUCCUGCAGAGCGAGAUGGGGGCCGAUGUCACAUUUCUUGUGUGCGAUGAGUCGUUUGCUGCACACAAGUACAUACUUGCCGCAAGGUCUCCGGUUUUCAAGGCCCAGUUCUUUGGGGAAAUGAAGGACAAGUGCUCGGCACGCGUGGAGAUCAAGGACAUGGAGCCCGCGGCGUUCAGGGCCAUGCUGCACUUCAUGUACACCGACACGGUGCCUGAGCUUGAUCGACCGCUCGAGGAGGUGACGACGAUGGCUCAACAUUUGCUUGUGGCCGCUGACAUGUAUGGACUUGAGAGGCUCAAGCUGGUUUGUGAAAUAAAGCUCUGUGGUGGCAUCACGGUCCACACCGCAGCGACCACUCUUGCUUUGGCGGAGCAGCACGGUUGCUCGAAGCUCAAGGCCAAAUGUGUCGAGUUUAUCGUCAGUACGCCUCCUGUUCUUGAGGCUGUGUUGGCGACAGAUGGGUAUAAGCACCUCGAAUCAAGCUGCCCUUUGGUCCUGACUGAGCUUCUCAAGUCUGUCCAUGUGAGUAAGAGUUGAAGGGUAGUCAUAGUGCUAGAUCUCCAGGAAUUGAAAACGCAUAGUCUCUGUUUGUGCUUGCAUCCAUGUGUGGUGUAGUAAACUUAUGUCUGCAUUUACCUAGAAUAGAAAACUUAUGUGCAUCUAUAUAUGUUAUGUUAUGAGCAACUUAACGCUUUCCUUGCUCCUCCAAUUUAGAUGUAAUUCAGUACAAUGUCGUCCAAGAUUUGGCUGCAUGCUUGUCAAUAUUAGUACAAGGUGAUAAAUAAAGUUGGAUGAUUCAGAGUG